CCUAGAGAGUGAUUCUCGAAGCGAAAAGGACCGAGUUUAAAUUCAGCACGACCCGAGCACGAAUCUCACCUGUGGACCCGCCUGUACGUUUGUCACGGAUCUGCAGACGAGUCCAUCGGUCUGACAGCAAAACUCUGUAUUGACAAGCGUUUCAAUGGUUCCAUUAUAUGCCACAUUCUGAUAUUAAAUUUCGCUAUCAGUUGGAAAGGUUAUCUCGAUAUAAGGCAUCCUUAUUGUUCAUCGAGAAAAUUGACAGCAGAGAUAUUUCAAUGUACUGUUCGAAACACCUGCCAUCAUGCGAUUACCAAGGGUCAUCUCCAAGACGGAUGGAACUGAAAACAGUGGCUUACUUCUAGGUUGACAGCUCGUUUACACAAAACCGAGUGGGGCAUUUACGUCUGACUGCUGGGACAGGAAACUGCGGUAAGGAGGGUUGAACUGGAACACGUGUGCAGGGACUUAAUCGAAUGCCUCAUCUCAGAGACCUCCGGAUUGCUGGCUAGCGGGAGAACAUCAAUUGAACAGGAACUGGCGGAGAUAGUCUAGACGGGCGAGCGUUCGAGUGUGAGAGUGUGUAUGAGUGGCCGGACGAGGAAGACAUGCUAAUGAUUCCCUCCCACUCCCGAUCUUCCUGAUUGUUCGGACUGAAGAAAACAGAAUUUCAAGGCUUAAAAUGAAGUGAUUAUCUUUGAAAGAAAUUGUGUUGUGGAGGGUAUGAAAGUCGUUGUGGGGAAGUUUGAAGGGUAAUGCAUUGCCCUUGUUCCACUUGACCCUGAGGGACCAUUCGUUGUUACGUCAUGGGCAGGAUGAAGGGCAUAUGGACUCGCCAGAGACUCUCUGUCAUUGGAUUGUCACUGUACUUCACUUCUGUAUACUGCCAAAACAUAAUUCCACUGGGCGCCCCGUCGAUAUGUCCAGAACUGAGGCCUGGGGAGGACGAUUUACCCGGGUUCGAUUUUAUAUCCAAUUAUGACUUAGACAAUGCUUUAAGACGACUAGGUGUACGAAAAGUAAAAGGAUCAAAUAAACUCCAAGUAGCAUAUAAAAUUACACCUCGAGCGAGAUUACGUAUACCAACACGGAGUAUGUUUCCAACAGGGAUUCCAGAUCAGUUUUCAUUUGUAACAACAUUUAGAAUGAAAGGAAAAGCUAAUAGAGAAAAAUGGAAUUUAAUACAAAUUCGAGAUUUAGAAGGCAACCCACAAUGGGGAAUACGACUUGAUGGCCAAAAAAAGGAGGUGGACUUUCAUAUCAUUAAUUUUGAUGGGACAUUACAACGACUCACAUUUACAAAGGCUAAAAAGAUAUUUGACAAACAGUGGCACAAAAUACACUUUAGCGUAGGCCGUGAUAGGGUAGAAUUUUACAUAGACUGUGUACCGGUGGAGUCACAGCCAUUGUUACCAUGGCGACAAGUGGACGUUAACGGCGAUAUAUAUCUUGGUACAAAAGACCCCGGUGGACAGACCGUGCCGUUUGAACUUCAGUGGAUGGUUAUGCAUUGUGACCCGUCCAAACCAGAGAGAGAGACUUGUGAGGAACUGCCAAAGACACCUCCAAAACCAAAGCCACGAGACGGGCUCCUGGAGUCGGGAUAUGGAGAACAGAAAGAAGGUCGAUGCGAAGUGACGUGUCCCCGCGGUCCACCUGGGCUAAAUGGCACUCAGGGUCCACCAGGCUUCAAGGGUGAACGAGGCGAGAUGGGAAUCCCAGGGGUUCGUGGCUUCCCCGGGCCAGAGGGUAGAGCGGGCCCGCGAGGCCUACCUGGUCGAGAUGGUCGUCCUGGAGAAGACGGCUUACCUGGUGCCAUUGGGGACAAAGGUGAACCUGGCGUUCGUGGACCACAGGGCAGCCCCGGUCGUGAUGGGGCCAAAGGGGAGGUGGGUGAGAGAGGUUUACCUGGAUUCCCCGGGGAUAGAGGUCCGGCAGGUGAAAAGGGUGAGAGUGGGGAACCAGGUAUUCCAGGUAGGAAUGGAUUGCGGGGCCCACGGGGUGACCCAGGAGUUCCAGGUACUGCCGCAGCUGGAAUCAAAGGCGAACCAGGUGAAACCGGCCCUCCUGGGCCCCAAGGAUUAGAGGGUGUCCCUGGCAUACAAGGGCCCAGAGGGCAAUCGGGCCCAGCGGGGCCUAAGGGUGAAAGAGGGGAAGAUGGUGAUGACGGAAAGCGAGGCCCUCGAGGUUUUAGGAUAUCGUGUGACCUGGAGAAUGGAAGCUAA